AUGGAAAUUCCGGCCGAAUCGAUCGAGAAAAUCGUCGGCGAUAUGGACAAAAUGUUCACUUCCAGCCUGAGCGGGUAUAAAGAGAUCAAGGAGGAGUUUGCGAAAUCGCAAAUUGUUUUGCCGGAAAUUUGCGCGAAUAUGAAUUCGUUUAAAAAUGUGGCGCAGUGUGGGCAGUCGUUUGUUGAAGAUGUUUAUGCUUCUGGAAUAAAAACUUUGAUCAACGUCUUCGGCGAAAGCUAUUCCGUAGAAGAAAGCCUCAACAAUCUGAACGCGAAUUUCGACCAGCUAAUUGAAGAACUGGGCGACAAAAACCUCUUCGCGGGAAUUCCCAGCUCGCUGAUUAAAAUUGACGACAUUAUUUGGGAAUCUGCUGAGGAAUCUGUUCAAAUUACCGAUGCUCUACUUGAAGAAUGGAGUGGGAGGUACUCAUCUGCGGCGAGAAAAUUGUUCGAUAUUUGUAGAGAGAAUGAUGAAGAAAUUCCAAAAUAUCUUCUCGCAAAAUGCGGCCGAAAGCUGAUGAAAGACCUCAAAAUCAAUCAAAAAACAAGUUUGAUAAUUGAUUUCCUCAAAUUUUCGUUCGACGAAUUUGAUGAUGACCGAAAUGGAAAACUUGAUUUUGAAAAGUUCGAAAAGAUCUUUGCCAAUUUCAUCGCGACGGCCGGAUCGACCAUGAUCAAGAUUUUCGAUAGAAAUGAAGACGGAAUAAUCGACAAAGCGGAAACAAACAAGAUUUUGAAAGAACUUGGCAAAUUAAGCGUCUUUCAAGGCGAUUAUUUGAGCGGAUCUUACAGUAAUUUCUACCUGCACCCCACUGCUGAUCUGAUAUCAAGUUUUCUGGUGUCGACAAAACAGACAAUUUCGAAGUCGGAGAUGACGAAUAUGACGGCGAAGGUGAUGACAAGACUAGCAAGCGAUUACUAUGACCUGCAAGUUUCUGACUGGGAAGCGAGAAAUAAAUGA